AAAAGUCCAAUUUCAAAAAUUGACGCGAGGACAAGGUUGACAUCGAUGUCGCAGUCACUAGCGUCGUCUUCGCAUGCAUGUAGCUCACCCGCGAAGGCUCCAACCGUUCCACCAACUGGCAUGCGCUCACCCACAAAGAUCCGCACUCCGAUCAAAUUGGUGCGGCCACGAGAGACCCACUGGGCGUCGAGAGCGAAGGACGUGAAGAAGAGACAACUCGAUUCUGGGGAAAGUCAUUCGGAGAGCGCACUGCCACUCCCCAAGCGCCUUAAACUGAGCCACACAGAGCCCACUAAACAGGGUGGAACACAAGCUCCAAACACUGAAGUGCCUGGUGCUAGAGGUACUGAAGAAAAGCUACAGGAGGCUAAAGAAGUUGAGGGUAACAGAGGUUACGCCGAUGCGUUGAGCCGCAAAGUGGAGGUAGCUCAAUGCCUCGAGAAAGACCUGCUGCGUGACAAUGCUCGAAUGAGGCUCAAGAUAUUGAAUUUGAGGGACGAGGUGGACUUUUACUACGGACUUCUCACUAAGAUUGAGCUUCUAGCGGCUGAUAAGAAUCGGGAGAAUACAGGCAAGAGUAACCAGGAGCAGGAACAGGUUACGAAACUAGCAGAGCAGUUGCGACGUAUUAUCAGCGCGUCCAAAGCCGUGGACGGGAUCGUGGAAGUGCGUAAUGGAGGUGGUGUGGAGCAUGAGUGAUGCUGUUGUGAGGGUUAUGGUGAGGGUUACGCGAUACAGAUCACCACGAGAAAUGGUAUCGUUGACCCUAGUGAACGAGUCCAGCGGAACCUUGUUGAUUACAGGUUUACGUUGUGGGUUUGGCGAGGAAAGUUAUGUAUUCAGGGGCUCCUGGGACUUGCGCAUUGUCUGAAGUGAGCAACAAGCCUUGGAGGGGGUCACGUACAAGCACUUAUCCUGAUCAAUACAGUAUUUUACCUCAUGGAGUCCCAAGAUGAAAAAAUGAUGUGAGCUUGAGAGUGGAUAAGAGAGUGAGGAGCAGUGCACUCGCAUCGACGAACGCUUUGAUGACACCAUCUACAGUCACAACAGCACAAGUCCAGCAAACAACGAUGAAGAGACUUUCCAACGUACCUCACGUGCAGGCUGCGAAUUACAGCGAGUAUACCAGCCAUUUUGACGACAUAUUAGCUCGAAGACAUGGCGUAACGCGUCAAGACUCGAUUUUGCAAGUUUCUUCGAAGUUAUAGAAGUUGGCUCACUAAGAGGAACGCAAGAUAGUCUGCGAAUGUAUUGACGUGUCCAAGUUGCCUGACGGAAUGCGUUUGUAUUCCCUGGUGCUCUUUACAUACCUCACAAACAUGACUGCCUUCCCGAUUCGCCGCUUGAGCUGUUCGACUGAGUACUUACAGUAUUCCAUUUCUUGAACAUGUCGAACCGGAACCGCUCGUCUCGUAGCAUCUUGUACAGACUCUUUUCGGUGAAGUAUUGCCAAUCCCACAGCCUAUUGAUGCCAGCAAUGGCUCUAUCUUCAUCGUCUGCGCCAGUAUCGAUAUCCACGGUGAGGCGUCGCAAAUGCCUCUUGUGCUUAUUGUAUCUGUCCCUUUGUUGCUGGCCAAUACCAUCAGCGGGUUUUUGGUUUCCCAGUUACACUGGGUUGGAUGCACCAGAGGCUACCGAUGCAACGAUGCAAGAUGAAAGAAGAGCGGCCACAAUCACUAUAAUACCAGGAAGUGCCCGGGACGCAUAGCGAGUGUGUGUGGCUUGAACGGGCUACGGAAAGCCAUUUGCAAAGUGACACUAAGAGCACAGCGUACGAUACCGCUAUCGACAAAUAGGGGCUGUAUCAAAU